CUGACACGAGCCACAAGGCCACUGGGAUCCACGGAACCAUAGGGUCCAACCCCAACUCCGGCCCCCUGACCUCUGCUCUGAGAAGCCACCUCACCACCCUCCACACCUAUAGAUGGUUCUAGAAGAAGCCCUUCCACGGAGCUGCGUUUCUCCCAGACUGCAGGCGAUGCAUUCCGCCUAGACUCUCCCCCUCGUUCCCCGACCAAACCGAGGCAGCCAUGAACCCCGAGGAGGUGGAGCAUGGCCAGGAGCUGAUCGAGCACGUAGAAGCCGACCUGCCCCCUCCUCAACGCCGUCGCCACGACAACCACAUUGCCACCAACAACGGUCGACCCCGGCAGCCUAGCAACCACAGUAGUGAAAACAACAACCACCCUGCUCCCCGCUACAGGAGAUAUAAUGAGGCUCCUGGCGCAGGUGGCAGCAGGGUCAGAGGGGCCCCACAACGCAGGUCAACAGAGGAGCCAGAGGCGGAACUUCACCUGGGGGCCCAGUCCCCUCCCCAACCCCAGCAGCAGCAGCAGGCCCAGGGUCAGUCACAGCCCAUCUUGCGUCCUGCAGUGACACGUUACCGCAGACAGGGGGACAGCGAGGCCAGGCUCAGAGCACAGCAGCAGAGACACAUACAGAGACAGCAGAGAGAGGCUGAGAGGGUACACCAACAACAACAACAACCUCUGCCAGCCCCACAGCCUGUUCACUCUCUACCCCCAGAACGAGAAGAGACAGAGGAGGAUGAGGAGGAGAGAGGGAGGUAUAGAGAGAGGGAGACAGAGGGGGAUAACUCUGCGUUAGGCCGUUCGGCCAGCACGGAGAGUGCUUUCCACACACACACAGACCGGGCGGAGGGCGACUGUGUCAUGGCCCUAGAUCUUGAGGCAGAGGACGAGGGCGGGACUUAUGAGGUGAUGCUUCGCCCAGAGGCGGAGGGAUACACAGAGAGCGCUGAGUCAGAGCAGCACCAUCCCCACCCUCAGCCCAACCUGAACCUCAACUACCCCCCUCAGCCCCCUCCCUUACCCCGGGAACCCCUACCAGACGUUGGGAGACCCCAGAGUCAGGAGGAGGCAGAGGAAACCCUGAACCCUGGUGGUGGUUACUCUAACUACGUUUACACCCAACCUCUCAACCUCCAUGGGGGAGGGGCCAGGGUGCCGGGGGGACGGGACAGCAGCGUCGAGGAAGGGAUGGAGCCUAAAGACAAGGCAUAUUCUGAAGCCUACCACUACUCCCUGACAGAACAUGUGUAUGAGGAGAUCAGCGACGCCCCCUCUGCUGCUGCUGCUGAGGGGGUGACUCCUACAAAUGCCAACGAGAACCUCCAGCAGAGAAAGGCGGCGUUCCGUCUGUUUGAGGGGGGGGACGGGGGCGGGGACUACUGGCAGCAGGAGGCAGUGGGGUCGAGGCUGCACCACUAUGACGAGCGCUCGGACGGCGAGUCAGACAGUCCUGAGAAGGAGGCGGAGUUUGCUCCGUACCCGCGGGCAGACAGCUGUGACCAGGACGGUGAAGAGGACAUCAACAUGAUCGUAACGGAAGUCAGAGAGAGUUCCAGCUCUCAGAGUCUGGAAAGAGCUGCUGCUGGGUUGGGGGAGGGAGGAGACAAAGAAGACAUGAUGAAAGGAGGAGAGGAAGAGGGAGACUCUUACAACUCCCAAUCCGACGCCCCCACAGACUCCAAACAUCCCAAGGGAGAGAUGGAAAGCGAGGGGGAUGAGAGAGAAGGAGAGGGCGUUCCAGCCCCAGCAGACAGUCCCUCUGAGGACUCGUCUGGGGUUCGUAACAGUCGUGAGAAAAGAGACGCCAUCACCCUGGCCAUAAAGGACAUCAAAGAGGCCAUAGAGGAGGUGAAGACCAGGACGGUGAGGUCACCCUACACCCCUGAUGAGCCUAAAGAACCCAUCUGGGUGAUGAGACAGGACCUGAGUCCCACCGCUGAGUGUUGUGACCUGCAACCCUCACUAGGGGGCGACUCUCCAGGUUCAGACUCUCAGGCCUCUCCUCAGGGGGCGGAGUCUUCAAUCCGGACACCCAUGCUUGAAGGGAGUGAAAGCUUCGAGUCUCCACCUUUUUCCACUAAAGAGUCCAGGAGAAGCCUGGCCUCCUUUCCUACCUAUGUAGAAGUCCCAGGUCCAUGUGACCCAGAGGACCUGAUCGAUGGGAUCAUCUUUGCCGCGAACUACCUGGGCUCCACCCAGUUGCUGUCUGACAAGACCCCCUCCAAGAACGUGCGCAUGAUGCAGGCCCAGGAGGCUGUCAGCCGCAUCAAGACGGCCCAGAAAUUAGCCAAAAACAAGAAGAAGGCUCCAGAAGGUGAGGCCCAGCCCAUGACGGAGGUGGACCUCUUCAUCUCCACCCAGAGGAUUAAAGUCCUCAAUGCUGACUCACAGGAGACUAUGAUGGACCACCCUCUGAGGACCAUCUCCUACAUCGCUGACAUCGGCAACAUUGUGGUUCUGAUGGCAAGGCGCCGUAUGCCCCGCCCAGACUCCAUGGACAGCGUGGAGGCGUCAGACCCCGCCGAGGACGAGAAACAACGGCAGUACAAGAUGAUCUGCCACGUCUUUGAGUCCGAGGAUGCCCAGCUGAUUGCCCAGUCUAUAGGCCAGGCCUUCAGUGUGGCGUACCAGGAGUUCCUGCGGGCUAACGGCAUCAACCCAGAGGACCUGAGUCAGAAGGAGUACAGUGACCUGCUCAACACUCAGGACAUGUACAACGAUGACCUCAUACACUUCUCCAAGUCUGAGAACUGCAAAGACAUUUACAUCGAGAAGCAGAAAGGUGAGAUUCUGGGCGUGGUCAUUGUGGAGAGUGGGUGGGGCUCCAUCCUGCCCACAGUCAUCAUCGCCAACAUGAUGCAUGCUGGUCCGUCGGAGAAGUCAGGCCGUCUUAAUAUCGGAGACCAGAUUAUGUCUAUCAAUGGGACCAGUCUGGUGGGGCUACCCCUGUCCACCUGCCAGACCAUAAUUAAGGGUCUGAAGAACCAGUCUCGUAUCAAGCUGAACAUCGUCAGGUGUCCUCCUGUUACCACGGUACUCAUCAGACGACCUGACCUCAGAUACCAGCUGGGCUUCAGCGUACAGAACGGCAUUAUCUGCAGCCUUAUGCGAGGGGGCAUCGCUGAGAGGGGAGGAGUCAGGGUCGGCCACCGCAUCAUCGAGAUCAAUGGCCAGAGCGUGGUGGCCACGCCCCACGAAAAGAUCGUCCACAUCCUGUCCAACGCUGUGGGAGAGAUCCACAUGAAGACGAUGCCAGCUGCCAUGUACCGCCUGCUAACUGCCCAGGAGCAACCUGUUUACAUCUAGUGAUGACCUCCCUCUCCUACCCGACAUCCGAUCUCACCCCCAGAUGACCUCACUCCCUGACCCCCAGCAUCACUGCACCCUCUAUGUGUGAGCAACUCCUCCCCCUCCCUCAAGCCCCAGAUCACCAUUGGAGACUGAAGCUUCUUAAUCAUAACGAAUGGACAUAUCACAUGCUCUGGAUGACUAUUUUAUCUGAUUGUUUUGCUGUGGAGAGUAGAGUUUGGCUGAAAAAGACAGCUUGUUCAAGCCCCUCCCAUACUGAGGGUUGCUUCCUGAGCUUCGCACUGACCUUCCCUUCUUUCCCAUGUUUCUUUCUCUCCCUCUCUCUGUUUCUCUCUCUAUCCCUCUCCCUCUCACUUUCUAUCGGUCUACCUCCCUUCUCUAUCCCUCUCCCUUUCUCUCACCGGCUGCACUCGUCUGAUGUAAUGUUGAAUACUUCUGUGUUCUCCCACAACACAAACAAAAAGAGAGGGAGUGUGAAACUUGCUGAUAAACAAGUGUUACUACUCUGAACAACAAGCCCCUAUCAUUCCUCGUCAUAACAUUCAAUGCCUUCCGUCUAACGUUAAUGAAUGUCCAAGCAGGGAGGACUUUUCCUGACUGUGGAAGUCCUCCAGGAAAGACAAAGAAAACCAAACGUUCCCAUCCCAUUUAAAAAAAAAAAUGUAUGUUGUUUUUAAGGCUGAGAUUUGGGCUGAUAUAACAAGCAUUCCAAGUUUCUCCACGCGCGUCUGUUUUAAGUCAGGCCUCGUCAAGGGAAGGCUACACUACAUAGACCAAAUGAUUUAAAACCUUCCAAAGGAAUUCACAUUCCCUUCUGAAACAACAUGCAGUCCAGGAAAAUCAGUUCUACAAGGCUGGAGGACAGCCUUGUAAGACAGUGUUUAAGACAGAAGCCAGCCCUGAAAUGGGAGCUUUUGAAAGUAAACAUGUAAUUCUACCUAUUGCCAGGACAACAAAAUAACACUGGUCUCGUUCUCACAUGGAAUUAGCAUUAAUAGCAAAAGCGCUCUCCAUCCUCAUCUUUCCCUUCAGCAUCAUCUUGAAGUGAAAACUAUGAUUAGGUGACAACAGAACUCACAACCACUAUUACGUAAAUGUAAAAAAAAAAAACACUUGCUAAUAUUUUUUCAAAAUCGGUUCGGCUAAUCACAUACUAUUUCCACUCUGGGAAGAGGGGACUCUGCAUCAUCACACCACCAUAUGUCUUAAGGGUUUACAGUCACUCAGAGACCAGAGCUUAAAGUAAAUGCCCAGUGUUUCUAGAUUUCUAUGAAAUAUGACCAAUAAUUACAAUAUGAGUGGUUUUUGUUAAAAAAAAUGGUAAUUGGUAUGUUAAAAAGUAGCUUUUCUGUGUUGGAAUGGUGUGGGUGUACCCCAACAACAGAAUAGUGUGGCCGUAUACCGGUCAUUAAAAAUAUUCACGCAAGUAGACCGCUGAUUGACCAGCUCAGCCUCCUCUAGACAGCUGAUUGACCAGCUCAUCCUCCUCAGGGUGAUACGUCUAUGAGAAAAUAGCAAGUAUUUUUGAAAAGGUUUGUUUGAGAUACAAGUUUGAGGUGGGGUUUUUGAAGUGUUUUUUUCCCCCACAAUUUAUGUUUUAGUCACAUACAAGUCAACAACAUUAUUUGGAUAUGAGUUAACAGCAUAUGAACUUUUAAAGUGAGACUGGGCAGUUACUUUAAGCCAUACGUUACAUUUCACAUAGGGUGUAUCCCAAAUGGCACCCUAUUCCCUAUUGUGCACUACUUUUAAGCAGGGCCCAUAGGGCCUGGGUUGAAAGUAGUGCACUAUGUAGGGGAUAGGGUGCCAUUCGGGACGCCUCCACAAAGGUUCUGUACUAUAGGCUCUGGUGGUGGAAUACAGUAGAAGCUAAAACUGUUCAGAUCCAUCUUAGGCUGAGGAGAGAUAGCAGAGGUCAACCAGAUGUGUAUAGAAUACCUCAGACUUUGGCACCAAAUUGAGGUUCAGGAUUUAAUAUUUAUUUUGCGAUCAGGACAGUUGGAUUAGAUUGUAUUACAGUACAACCUUAAAAACAACCUGCAAUGAAAUUAUUUUAUAUUUUCAUUACCAAGGAUUUUACAUUCCUCUGUCUUAUUUAAUAUUUUAAAAAAUGUCUUGAAUAUAAUCUGCAAUAUUUUUGCCAGACUAUACUGUAAUUCUGUUUAUAGGUAAUUAUAUUGCAUUGCAUUUGGAUCUCAAUCUUUAUACUUGAAGGAUGCUUAUCAUAGUACAAGAAAUGGGUCAUUAGUUUGUUAUUUAAAAAACAUGAUUUAUUCUUUUAUUUUUAGAUUUUAUUUUGUUAUCUCGCAAAUGUGAUGAAAUGAAAGUACUGAAAUGAGUCAACAUAUCAUCUCCCUGGUGUACAUGAUUCACAAGUCCUCAAAUGUAUCUCUGUUGCAUAAAGUGGAUAGAUGUUCCCCUCCUGUUUAUGUUCGGCCCUGCUGCCUUUCUGACUAUAAGUGAUUAAUGAGGCUACAGUGUUUUGAGACUAGGAGCUCGAUUCAAUCCUUAUCGGUGAAUAGCAACUUGACAUUUAAAGGUAAUUUCUGAUUUAGCCAACAUAUGCAGCAUUUACCGUGAAUUCAGUCUCCGCGAACGCAGGAAUAGUGCCUUUACAUUUCAAUCGCGCUAUAGCGCCGAACUUCGGCGAUACGGAUUGGGUCAAGCCCUAGUAACUAAAGCAAGAUGCGACGACUUACCACUGGUAAUGAACACGUCAACCACAAUGGAAGCAUUAUGUUGUAGUAGUAAAUUGAUGAGCAGAUGCUCUGAUUAUGGCCUUGCUCUAGGAGUGUCAGCUAAUACAGAUGAUGGAUUGACAAUGGGAAGAAAUGCCUAAUGUUGAUGUUAUGAUUCCUCCUCUAUAACCACAUAUCCUCCCUUUCAUUGAUCUGUCUGGCCUGCCGUAUACAUUUCAAAACCUAUUUUCUUCACAAAAAUAAAUAAGACUCUUCUCACUCUAGCUCUACUCUGGGUCUGUAGCUUACUUAAGAAUCAGAUCUAGUUAUUUUAGAAUGUUUUAAAAUGUCAUUCAGAAAUGUCUAGAACUCUAGACAAUUUCUGCCCAGACAGCCUCUCCCUCACUUCCUGUCUCCUGUGUCACUUCCCGCUUGAGACAUGCCUCCUCUGGAUUCGUGUUUACAAACCGUCAAGGGACAGUUUCCGGGUUGGGGAGUGGACACACAUUAUGACGUGUGGAGGGACACAUUCUGUUGCGACACCUCCGCUACACUGACUUGUGGAGGGGACACAUUAUUAUGACGCUACACCUCUUGCGAGUUGCUGCUGGAGCACCCUGCCACCUGAGCUUGUGUGCCAAAUGUUGACCCUUCCCCUCUGCCCUACUCUCCCCUCUAAACUAUUGAUUGUUCCAAAUGUCUAUUCUAUCUCAUCCCUAAAUCAAAUGUUGGCCUUAUUUAUUACUGUACUUAUGACAUGGAACUACUAAAUGAUACUGAAAAAGUAGUUCCUGUACGGUUGACCACAUGAUGUUCUAGCAUGGUUUAUCUAUGGAGUCACCGGUUGGUCGGUAAUAUGCUGUAUCAUUCCUGCUUCUAGUGUGUGUGGUGUGUAAUGACAACUUCUUUACUCCAUGUUCAACCAAAACCAGCUGGACUACAUAAUAUAUACAUAAAUAUAUAUAUAAAGGUAUAUAUACUUCUAAUGGUUAUUUGUGUGUUUGGAUUGACCAUAUAAGCAAGCUUCAAUGGAUAACAAGUAACGUGAAAAGAGAAUUCAGACUGAUGGCAAGGACCCUUAAUGUGACUCGGAAAGAAGGGGUUUCAUAUGAACUAGAGAUGGAGUUGAUUUGUGUGAAAAGACAUAACUGUACAUAUUUGACGAGCGCACAAGGUCACAAACACAGGGGCGUAAUUACUGUAGACCUCCCACGCAAAAAAGUUGUACUUUGUAAAGAGAUGGUAGCAAACAUACACUUGAGUAGAUGUUGACUGAGAGGUGGGAUAACUAGUGUUUAUAAUGCACUGUUUUGAAUGUAAUUAAUCUAUAAAAAAACACUUUCUGUAAAGCAAUGGCAAUGUUUAUUUAUUUGCUAGCUUUUCUGUGAUGUUACAGUUAUUGAACUACAUUACCUUACCAGAACUGGAAUGUUUGUAACAGUAUUUACAACAAUAAACUACUUGCAAAAGGACA